UCCCUCUCAUCCUUGACCCAUUACCUCUCUUGAAACCCUUAAACCCUUUCCCUUAUAUUUUCUCUCUCAAACUCAGCCGCCCUACCCCUCUCUCUCUCCCCCAUCUCUGCCGACGAGCGGCGGCUCAGACCUCGCGCCGGCAGCACACCCACGGCGGCGGCACCCCGACAGCCGGCGACGCCUCGACACGAGCUCCUCCAGCGAGCAGUAAGCUCCUCCAUUUCUGCUAGUGCCUCAACUGAACUGUAUCCACUUCGUCAAUGGCUAUCAAAGCUAUGGACAUGGCGUUCGGAGCCUCUCUCAGCUGUUUUCAUUUCAAAACCCCUAGAGGGCAUGUAAAAUCUAGGGAUUUCACUAUCACAUGCUCCGUCCCUCUCUCUACCCAUGGCUCCGCCACGAUUGAUUUGGGUGAGAGGCCAUGGAAGGUAUCGGAUGCUCGAUUGGUGCUUGAAGAUGGUUCAGUCUGGAAGGCCAAGUCUUUUGGCGCUUCCGGAACCCAAGUUGGUGAAGUAGUUUUCAAUACUUCUUUAACUGGGUAUCAAGAAAUUCUAACUGAUCCCAGCUAUGCUGGUCAAUUUGUUCUGAUGACAAACCCCCAUAUUGGCAAUACUGGUGUCAAUUUCGAUGAUGAAGAAGCUCGACAAUGCUUCCUUGCUGGCUUGGUGAUCAGAAGCCUAAGCAUCAGCACUUCAAACUGGAGGUGCAAACAGACACUUGGUGAUUAUUUAAUAGAGAGAAAUAUCAUGGGAAUUUAUGAUGUUGACACACGUGCUAUUACUCGCCGUUUGAGGGAAGAUGGAAGUCUUAUUGGUGUUUUAAGCACUGAAAAAUUGAAAACUGACGACGAGCUAUUAGAAAUGUCUCGAUCAUGGGACAUUGUUGGUGUUGACUUAAUUAGCGGUGUUUCGUGCAAAUCUCCUUAUGAGUGGGUGGAUAGAACAUAUUUGGAAUGGGAGUUUAAAUCUGGUGGGCACAGUUCAGAGACCUUCCAUGUUGUGGCAUAUGAUUUUGGAAUCAAGAGUAAUAUACUUAGGCGCUUGGCAUCUUAUGGAUGCAAAAUCACUGUUGUCCCUUCCACAUGGGCGGCAUCAGAGACGUUAAAGUUGAAUCCGGAUGGGGUUCUAUUCAGCAAUGGCCCUGGUGAUCCAUCUGCAGUUCCUUACGCUGUCGAAACAGUCAAGCAACUACUUGGAAAAGUACCUGUUUUUGGAAUUUGCAUGGGCCACCAAUUGCUUGGCCAGGCCUUGGGUGGGAAGACCUUCAAAAUGAAAUUUGGUCAUCAUGGAGGAAAUCAUCCCGUUCGCAAUUUCCGAAAUGACCGUGUAGAAAUUAGCGCUCAGAACCACAACUACGCUGUCGACCCGGCAUCCCUUCCAGAGGGUGUUGAAGUAACCCACAUCAAUCUUAAUGAUGGAAGCUGUGCUGGUCUUGCUUAUCCAAAGCUAAAGAUUAUGUCUCUUCAAUACCACCCUGAAGCAUCCCCUGGACCUCAUGAUUCUGACUCUGUUUUUGGAGAAUUCAUAGAGAUGAUGAAGCAAGAAAAGAGAGAUGGUUGAUGAGAUCGUCAGGCUUUGCUCUCAAAAUGGAGUUGCUGUAAAAAUAUAUAUUUACUUUUACUUCCCCUUUCAUCAACUCUCUGCCUCUCUAUGCCGGAUGGUUUGCCUCAAUCUAAUAAUAAUAUCUAUUUCAAUGGGGAGAUCACGUUAUUGAUCUUGUUUUUUUUUCCUCUUUCAGAUAAAAAUAGAAAUACUCUUGCGAUAGCUA